UUAAACUAGGCACCAAUCCCAUCCAAGCCCAUCUCAACUAUUUAAGAGGAGUCCUCUCCUCUCAGCUUCACAGCCGCUUCACAGACUCUACAUAGUGUGCGUCUACUCUUCUCCCUGUCUCAUCAGCCUCAGCCAGAAUGGGUCGACAGAAGAUAUAUCUGGACAAACUGGCCCGCACUUUCCAGAUCCGCAACCUGCUACUUCGCCAGGCCCUGGCAGAAUGUCUCGGCACUCUCAUCCUCGUGAUGUUCGGCUGUGGUGCUGUGGCCCAACUAGUCCUUAGUAAAGGUUCUCACGGCAUGUUCCUGACUGUCAAUUUUGCCUUUGGCUUUGCUGCCACUCUGGGCAUUCUGGUCUGUGGCCAGGUAUCAGGUGGACAUCUGAACCCUGCAGUGACCUUUGCACUGUGCCUGCUUGGAAGAGAGCGCUGGAGAAAGUUCCCCAUGUUCUUCCUCUUUCAGACAAUCGGUGCUUUUUUGGGUGCUGCUAUCAUUUUUGGCAUGUAUUACGAUGCCCUAUGGGACUUUCCUGGGGCUUUCAAUGUAACUGGACCCAACGCCACAGCUGGCAUCUUUGCCACCUAUCCUGGAAAACAUCUGACUCUUGUCAAUGGCUUCUUUGAUCAGAUUAUUGGCACAGCAGCUCUGAUCGUCUGCAUUCUUGCUAUUGUGGAUCCGUACAACAAUCCCAUUCCCCAAGGGUUGGAGGCCUUCACUGUGGGAUUUGUGGUUUUGGUCAUUGGACUGUCCAUGGGCUUUAAUUCUGGCUAUGCCGUAAACCCAGCUAGAGACCUUGGCCCACGUCUUUUCACUGCUAUGGCUGGAUGGGGGAUUGACGUCUUCAUAAAUGGAUGGUUCCUUGUACCGAUUUUGGCCCCAUUCCUGGGUACGAUCGUUGGCGUGAUUAUCUACCAGAUGAUGGUUGGCUUCCAUGUGGAGGGAGAAGUACGCGAUAGAACAGAGAGAGAAAAGGAGAAUGUCCCACUAACGAAUGUCAACUCUAAAGAGGCCAGCAAAGAGAUUAUCUGAGUCCAUCAAAAAAGCUAAACACUCAUAAACAUGUACAUAGUGUCAUACCACUAAACUUCUGAUCUGCUACUGGUAUGUUGUUGAUUUAAAAAAAAAACUAAGUAUGUCAAGACAGCUAAGAGUCUGUCUUUUUUCCAUUUCUCCUUUGUGUAAGUGUAUGAUAUUGUAGAGAAACGGAUGUGUACAGUAUGAGUAGAAGAAAAACUGACAGGAUUGGAUUCUUUUGAGAUCUGAACAUUUGGAAACUAUUGUUUCUAUGACUUUAUUUCUAACAGUAUUUACGUCUCCAAACCAUUUUAGUUUUAUAUGAUUUUAUAUAGUUUUACAUUCUUUGUACUCAAUAAAGAAAUGUAU